CAUGCUCACUAGACACUUCCUUGAUGUGCCAGAUCGAGGCGGCCUUGUCCUCGGCUGGCUAAUUUAGGGAACGCAGCUGCUGGGGGCGUGGUGGUUGCCUGAGAUGGGUUGGGCUAAAAGUGGGCUAGGCUGGCCACGCGCCUGCGCGAUUACAACUGAGGGCUGAGGUCAAAACUGGGACUGAGGAGCAGAAUUCUCUGGCUUAACUGAGGGCUUUGGCGACAAGAUGCAGGAUCCCAAUGCAGACACUGAGUGGAAUGACAUCUUGCGCAAGAAGGGGAUAUUGCCCCCCAAAGAAAGUUUGAAAGAGCUGGAAAAGAAGAGGGAAGAGGAGGAAGAGAAUCACAUCCUUCAGCAAUCAGUAGUGAAAACAUAUGAAGAUAUGACGUUGGAAGAACUAGAAGAAAAUGAAGAUGAAUUUAAUGAGGAAGAUGAGCGUGCUAUUGAAAUGUACAGGAAACAAAGGCUUGCAGAAUGGAAAGCGACUCAAUUAAAGAACAAAUUUGGAGAAGUGUUAGAGAUAUCAGGCAAAGAUUAUGUUCAAGAAGUUACCAAAGCUGGCAAAGACUUGUGGGUAAUUUUGCACCUUUACAAACCAGGAAUCCCUCUCUGUACACUUAUAAACCAGCACUUUAGUGGACUUGCAAGGAAGUUUCCUGAUGUGAAAUUUAUCAAAGCUAUCUCAACGACUUGCAUACCCAACUAUCCUGAUAGGAAUCUGCCCACAAUAUUUGUCUAUCUUGAGGGUGAUAUUAAAGCCCAAUUUAUUGGUCCUCUAGUAUUUGGUGGCAUGAAUCUGAAAAGGGAUGAACUGGAGUGGAAACUUUCUGAAUCUGGAGCUAUCAAAACUGAUCUGGAGGAAAACCCAAAGAAACAGAUUGAAGAUAAAUUGAUGUCCUCAGUCAGGUGCUCUCUCCCAACAAAGAAAGAAAGUGAUUCAGAGGAUGACUAAUUUCCUUAUUUUUGUAUGCCUUUGCUGAACUUUGUUGGAACAGGGAACAUAUCUAAGAAUUUUUUAAACUUAAAAACAGAAAUAAAAUCCUUUUAUUAGAAAAAAAAUUUUUUUAACCUUUUAAAAAUUAAGCUUAAAAUCUAUUAUGUCUCAUAAAUAACGGAUACUGGAUUUCUUAUAAUACAUAGUACCUGAGGUUUUUUAAAGUAAAUGACAAAUUAAUAUAUUGUGGUAAAUAAAUCCAAAUUAUUUCUCACUUAUGUUUUAUGGCAAAUAUACUAAGUGUACAUAUAUUUCCAUGCAAUUAUGCUAUAAAUUGAAUUUGGGGAAUUUUUUUUCUUAUUUAUGAAUAAAUUACACAGCACAUUUUAUCUAUUGGACUUUGUGAACAUGCUAUGGAUUAUUCAUUUCCUUUAUUGUUUGUAACAAGAUUUGAUCUUUACAAGAAUAUAUGACACUUUGCUCUAGAUUGAGAUCUUUGAUCUAAAAUCUCAUUGCAGCUUAUUGUGGAAGUUUUAUUGCUAGACAUGAUGGUUGAAUAUGGUUUUUUACCCACAUUAUUACCCAUGCCUUUUCUUUUCCAUGCUCAGAACAAUUUUGUUGGAAAUUUAUCUUUAGAUAUUCAUUGAACUGAACCUCUAAUCAGCAUUUAAUAUAGUCAUCGAAUUAAAUGGAGAUAAGAAAUUGAAUGUGGGGCCUUUUAGUGUUUGGUGUACUUGUGAUAACUAAAGAUUAGAAAAACAAUUCCUUUUUCAUUCAACCCUGAAAAGUAUAAUCGUUAUUACAGGUUUGAACCUUAAAAUAUGUAUGAUAUCAGGUAAAAUAUGACUGAAAGUAGGUAACAAGCCUGGUGUUUUUCUUAUUUGUGUCAAAAGGUACUUUUUACUUAUUUAAAGGAAGGAUAUUUCAUUAGAAGAGUUACAAAGUUAUAACUCAUUUUCUUUUUAAGAAUAUAUGUCAGUGAAAGAAUUAUUUGUAUAAUUUAUAUAACCAAUUACACAUGUUCAUGUAUGUGGAUCCUUUUAUAACAUGAAACUAGAAGAAAACCCCCCUCAUUUUACAGAUGACAUAAAUACAAAGAAGGGAAGGUCACACACAUGUGAAUCUAAGACCUAAGAUUCAGUCGCAGGCCACCAAUCAUUCUUCUGUUCUGUCUUAUAAGGACACAUUAGCAGCUAAGAAUUGUGCAAGAGAAAUGACAUCAGAGAUGUCAUCGGCGAAGUGUAUGCUCAGAAAGGAAAUUAGGACAUUUUAUGUGGCAGACAGUCUAUUUGCUUCUUUUCUCAGUGCGUUGUCAGUCGAAUUAGAAGAGAAGCCUCAGCAUGUUGGGUGGACUCUCUGGACAGUUUACGAGAGGAUAUGAAUAACAGCUGUGUGGAUGGGUUUGUGAUCAUCUUUGGGAAGGAAUAGCCACCUGUCUAUGAGUUCGCAGAGUCCUUGAUGUAUGGAAGAAGUACUUUUAAAACCUUUAUUUUUUCGUGAGAUCUUAAUCACAUAUUAAAAUGAACAUUGUAUUAUUUUGUGCAUGCCUGGCAGAUCAAUUGAGAGAGGGUUUCUUUUUUUGGUCUGUCUUUUAGUAGAUGACAUUUGAAAGGAAGACCGUGGGAAGAAUGAAGGUGAAAAGUUUGAAUCCUAUUUUGCUUGAGUGCUAUAAUUAAAUUUUACUUCAAAGAAAAGAGUGGGCCACAGUCUGAAAAGGGAACAGCAUUCACAGGGAUAGAAAUGACUGGCUGCAUUGUGUUGUUGGAACCCACAGAGUAUAAUUCGUACGAAUAAUUUGUACUGCUUGCUAUUCUACUUAGAAUUUAGAUAAGUGUGAAAACUGCAUUUCAGUCUCCCUUCUAUUGCUUUUCUUGCCAAUCAUCCUGCACAUCUGAGGUCUGUAGUAAAAAUUAGAUCUCAGUAGGUCUUUGAUCAGUAAGAUCAGUUUGACCAAAUAGCUUAUUAGAAUUCAUGCAAUGUUCUAAUAAGGGGGAUUGAACUUUACUAAUUCAACCAGUUACUAAUACUACUUUUAAACUAAAAUAACUUAUUCAGAUGCCACAUUUUUUUCCUUACAAAAAUUUGUGUUUUGGAUAACUUCCUAAAACUUCAUUAGCUACCAGGAGAACGUGCUUUGCUUACAUAUUCUUUACCAUUUAUAUUACUUCUGUUUAACAUUAUACCAUAUUUUACCCUCACAAUGCUCAGAGAAUUAAAUUUGUUUCCUAGCUAUUUCGACAAAGAAGCAUAUUAACAUUCAGUAUUACUUUUAGGCUCCCUUUUGGUGGUCUAUGGAAAGGUUUUAAUGGAAAAGGGAUGCCAUAAAAGAGAGAAGGAAAUGAUUAUGAAGUUAGCAGGAAAGAUUGUUUCAAACCACUGGGACUAGAGAUAAGUGGGAAAGAUUUUAAGUCUCUUCAUAUUUGAAAAUUACUUUUAUUCAUAUUUCUCACAACAAUCCUUUGAGCUUAGGUUUUAACAUUCAUAUAGAGGAGUCGACUGAGUGGCAACUAAAUUAAAAUUCACUCUCCACCAAAUCUCAGUUCCUUUACUAGCUACAGAGUUUGUAAUGUAGACAGGGCUGUCUCAAUAGGAAAAAAAUUUUAGAACUGUAGUACUAGAUAUAAAAAAAACAGGAAAAAAUGAAGAGUUAUUUCUAAAAACAGGAGUCAUGUUUUAAGAAGUAGUUAGGCUUAUAAUUUCCUUUACCUCCUUUAAAUUAAUAUUUCUUAAAUUAUUUGUAGAGGUAGUAUGAUAUAGCAGAUAGAUAACUGAUCACAGAACCCAGGAGACAAGUUCAAGGUCCACUUCAGUGUGUGUGUGUGUGUGUGUGUGUGUGUGUGUGUGUGUGUGUGUGUGUGUAUCUAUAAAUAGUCUAGGUAGCUAUAAGACUUGCGGGGAAGAUGCCAACCUACACAUUGAGAAUGAGUUUCUCCAGGAUGAAAUGAUUGCUACUUAUGAAAUUACAGGUCAAAUUUCUAUCUUUAAUUAUAUAAUCUACUCUUUCAAGCAAGUACUUUGAAAAUAUACUAGGCUAAUUGUGUUUGAACUAUAGGGCUUGCUUUGGAAAUAUUUUUCUUGCAAAGUAAUUUUGGACUUCUAAUGGAGAUAAUCUGUUACCCAGAAAAGUAAUGAUCUUUUUCAUUUUCCAACAUGAAUUCUUGAUUUACAUUCAUGGCAGGAAAAUUUGCCUCAAGUACAUAUUCUAGUGGAGAUGGUUUUACAGAGAUGCCUGUAUAUUUUGAUUUUUUUUACAAGUCACAUUAUUUCUGCAAUGUAACCUUUUUUUCCCCCUGAACUUUAUACUAUGAAAUGAUAUUUAGUAAUAGGUAGACCCAGGACAGCUUAAUUAUUAAAACAUAAAAAGAACCACCUGUUAAAGCAAAUUCACCUUAAGAGUUAUGCUAGGCCCUGAAAAAAUGUACCCAUAAACUUUUGGUGUAUAGCAUUAUGUCUGAAAUUGUGGGGGGUUAUACCAGAAUUUAGACAUCCAUAGAAAAAUUUUUAAGACACUCAGGGGUUGUGCCAUGACCAGGGUCACAUAGUAUGGGUCAGAGGUAGGACUUGAACUCAGGUCUUCUCUCCAGGACCUGUUCUCUAGCUAAUAUUUCAUGUUUGUUUCCAUUUUGAUAGAGUAUAUUUUUUUCUAUUGAUAUAGUCCUUGCUCAAAAUAGUUUUAGAAUUUUUCCAUGAGCAUUAAUUGCCUUUGAACUUCGUAUUUGUAGCACAUUGUUUUGAAUGUUCUGAAUGUUGGGAAAUAUUUUUUUCCUUUCAGGAUGGAUUUGAUUUUUUAGAGACAGCUUCAAAUGGUUGAGCAAUUCCAUUUUAAUCAAAAACAACAUGUGACUAUUAAGAAUAAGACUAAAUUUCCAGUUAUUAACUGGGUCCAAAGACAAAUGUAGUUCUAGAGCUAGUUUGGGGGAUAUUUUGAACAGUACAAGCAUUAUUAAAAUAAGCAUACAGAACCCAAUGUGACUACUGGCCUAUUCCCAUAUGAGACUGCCUCUACCUCAGUUUCCUCAUCCAUAAUAUGGAGAUGAUAAUAGUAGCACCUCCCAGGUUUUUCAUUUCAUUUAUGAGGAUCAAGUGAGAUAAUAUUUGUACGGUGUCUGGUAUGAAGUAUCUUAAUAAAUGUUCUCUUACUCUCACUUCAAUAAAUAUUAUACUUUAGCCA